AUGGAUACGGAUGGGGGAAGACGAGUGUUUCAUAGGCUGGGUCCAUCUGGCUCGAGCGACAAUGGCGGUAUGAAGCAGCAAAAGGUAUGCUAUCACUGGAGACAAGGAAAGUGCAACAGAAACCCUUGUUUUUUUCUACACCAUGAGUUGCCGGCGGUGGCCAAUGGGACGUCGAAGCGGGCCCACCAGGGGUUUGGAGCGGACGAUAAUAGGGGUGGUGGAAUAAGGAGGAGUGGGAAUUAUUAUUUUAGUAACAUGCCUGAAAGAGUGCAAUCGCUGCCUGGUAGUAGUGGUAGCGCUGGUAGCAGGACUUUUAAGAAGAUCGAGAAACUGUGUAAUCACUGGGUACAAGGGAACUGUAGAUAUGGGGAUAAUUGUAAAUACUUGCAUCAAUGGUCCACGGGGGAUUGCUUUUCGCUCUUGACUCCACUUGAAGGCCAUCAGCAGGUUGUUACCGGGAUUACUUUGCCUUCGGGGUCAGAUAAGCUUUACACGGGGAGUCAAGACGAGACUGUUAGAAUUUGGGACUGCCAAUCUGGUCAGUUGGUGGGUGUGGUGAAUUUGGGAGGUGCAAUAGGAUGCAUGAUAAGUGAAGGUCCAUGGAUAUUUGUUGGUUUAACAAAUCUCGUCAAGGCAUGGAACAUUCAAACAUCUUUGGACCUCAGUUUAAAUGGACCUGUUGGACAAGUCUAUUCCCUCGUCGUGGGCAAUGAUUUGCUCUUUGCUGGUGUCCAGGAAGGGACGAUACUGGCUUGGAAAUUCAAUGUUGCCACCAACUGCUUUGAACCUGCUGCAUCACUCAAGGGCCACACGCUUGCUGUUGUGACGUUAGUUGUUGGAGCUAAUCGAGUGUACUCUGGUUCUAUGGAUCAUUCUAUAAAAGUAUGGAGCCUUGAAACUUUGCAGUGUCUACAAACUUUGACAGAGCAUAUAGACGUUGUAAUGUCUCUUUUGUGUUGGGAGCAGUUCCUGUUGUCAGCUUCACUGGACAAAACUGUGAAGGUUUGGGCUGCAACUGAGAAUGGAAACUUGGAAGUUACAUUUACCCACAAUGAAGAACAUGGGUUGCUCACUCUCUUCGGGAUGCAUGAUUCAGAAGCCAAACCUGUGUUGUUGUGCUCAUGCAAUGACAACUCCGUUCGAGCCUAUGAUUUGCCAUCAUUUUCUGAGAGGGGAAAGAUCUUUUCGAAAAAGGAGGUUCGCUCCAUACAAAUUGGUCCUGGUGGUUUGUUUUUCACUGGCGACGGAUCUGGUCAAGUAACAGUAUGGAAGUGGUCAGCUGAAACAACCACAGCCUCUUGA